AUGAAUAACCCCAGAUCCAUCUUCACCGUUCCACGAGACUCCAAUCGUGGCCAAAACCACUCUCCCUCGCGUCCAGAUCAGAGUCAGAAGCGUCAUACACCCGCGACACCCAGCCAAGCAGCUGCUUAUUCAACUCCUCAACCCUUUCGCCCGCCAAACUCCUCUGCAGAUCGUGGAUACAGCCCCCGCCCGUUCUACCAUCCUUCUGUUACGCCGUCGGAACCAACUCCAGGGCAUACCCACCGCCAUCCUACUCACCAGAACCUCUCGCAGUCGACAUCAUGGUCGUGGUCCACCUCGAAUACACGCCCUAAGGCGGAAUCUACUGAGCCGUCUUCCUCAUCUUCGUCUCUGAGCGGAGCGCCUCUGUCCCCAAAGUCCUCCGUGCCGACCAUUGCGGGUAGAAAGAGGAAGGCCUCCCUGCCACUUGAGGCACAGAACCUCGACUCGACCAAGAGUGCGGAUCACGGCUUACACCGACGAAGAAAACGGCAGUGGCUGAGGUCUCGUCACUCGCUCGAUUCAGCCUUGUUCAACCGCGGCGCUGUCAACACCAACCCAGGCCCCCCGUCGCCGCUCUUCUUCUCGCGCAAGUCCCGAGCAAGGCCGCCGCUGCCACCCCGAUUCUCAACCGAGGAAGCUGGAGCCAAGAUGCUGAGCAAAGCGCGUGGCGAAGAUACCACCGUGAAGACGGUUACGCUCGCGCGUGGCAGCUUCGCUGGUGGGAGCCCACCUCGGGCAACUAGCACGCCUGGCAGUCGUGCCUCAUUCAACCGCAUCAACUUGCCUCGAAGUAUCACUCCCGACCUUGGCGAACACGCUCCGGGCCUGCAGCUCCUCGCUCAGGUUGGUUUGGCUGAAUUUCUGGAGCAUGACGAUCGAGCAUGCUUUGUCAUUGACCUUGCAAAUGCUACCAACUACGGCCCUGGUCCUCUACAUAUUCUGUUCGCAAAUUCAGCCUUGCGCGCAUCUGGCCGACUUUUGAGGUCCAUUGCUGGUGAAGGCAUAACGCCCAUGUCGCCUGGGCCCGGACCCCCUUCAUCAUCGACGUCGUCGUCUUCUUCCGUCUUCUCCGAGUUCAAAGCCUGGGCCACCGCCUUGGUCACAGAAUCAAAGUCUGUCGAUGCGAACCUGCCUCCAUUUACUCACGCAGGCGUCACAUGGACCAGUUUGACAAUGAGGAAGAGGUUUCGCAUAAUUAAGGCCCAGGUAGUUCCGCCGGCUGGAACUCUCCCCUCUGAGGGUUCUUCUGCGGACUAUUCAAAUCCACCCCUCACGGAGACUUCAAUCGUUUCUGCAACUUUAUCGGUCGAUGGUCGCCGAAAUGACAUGGAGGUGGAGACCAAGGAUCCAGAGGAGCCGCAGGAUUACUUUUCCGGUGUGCCCUUGGCAACCAUAGGUACCGUACAUGGAGCAGUGAAUUCCGAGGACCCCCCGCUCUCGACCAUUGAGUCUCCUGGAAUUUCCCAUAGCACGCGUAAGGAAGGGUUGGGGCUUCCCGAGCCUUCGCCUGGCAAUCUUCAGGACACUGAGAUCUUCAUGUUUGAGCAAGGUUCCCCGGCUCCAGCAAGUCUUCCUCUACCUAGUGCGAGCACCGUGCUGUCCGAAGCACUUGUCAGUCCGCGAUCUGCCUUAGACCGGGGAUUUUUUGACUGGACACGACUUGCGAAUUCUCCCGAUCUACCUUCGCACAUACAGUUUGCCCGGAGUGUUGAUUGGGCGUCGACUAGUUUAGGGCCUAUGGAGACGUGGCCGGCUGAUUUGCGGCAGAUGUGCAACCUAAUCAUGGCAAGUCCACAUCCAGCCGCAUUGUAUUGGGGCGAAGAUAUGGUCACACUGUAUAACGAAGCAUACAUUCUCUUGGCCGGCCAAAAACACCCGAGGAUCAUGGGCCAGGCAUACCGAAAGGCAUGGGGUGAGAUCUGGGACGAGAUUGCCGACGUCAUCGAGAGCGCCAGACUGACCGGUCAGGCGACGAUGAAGUUACUCGGGGCUAAUAUUUGUGACGGAAAGGAUGAUGAUUGCUUGUUCAUCAAUCGAGGAAGUGGUGAGCUAGAAGAGUCUUACUUUUCAUGGUCCAUCAUUCCAUUGGUGGGGGAGGAUGGGUCAGUUGUUGGAUUGUACAACCCGGCCUUUGAAAAAACGCGAAGAAAAAUCGCAGAGCGACGAAUGUUGACUCUGCGCGAGGUGGGAGAGCGGACAGCGGUUGCUCGAGAGGUGAAGGACUUUUGGGCGCAAGUUCUGAAGGGCUUAGAGUAUAAUGACUACGACACGCCUUUUGCGCUCCUCUAUUCGGUCGAGGAUGAGUCUGACAGCGAUGGGUCAUCGACACAUUCCAGCAGCGUACGGAGUAACAAGCAGUGUAUUCUAGAAGGGACAUUGGGCGUGCCUGAAAAGCAUCCUGCUGCCAAGUCUCAAUUGGACCUUCGUACGUCGACCGAAGGGUUUGCCCCCGCAUUCCGAGAUGCGAUCAAAAGCGAUGGGCCCAUUUUGCUGGAAAUCGAAAAAGGCACUCUCGCCCAAGCUCUCAUGGAAGGCAUCCAAUGGCGGGGUUUCGGUGACCCAUGCAAGGCUGCCGUAGUGUGUCCUAUUCAUCCUACGACUGGCGACUCGGUCUUAGGCUUCCUUGUUAUUGGAGUAAAUCCUCGUCGGCCUUAUGAUGAAGAUUACAAUCUGUAUCUCCAAUUGCUGAGUCGGCAACUUGCUACUUCCAUGGCAUCCGUUGUCCUAUUUGAGGAAGAAAUACGGCGAGGAGAAAAGGCUGCAAGACUGGCAGCGCUCGAUCGAAUUGAGCUCUCCCAGCAGUUGGCUGCACGGACGAAAGAGGCCGUUGAAAGCGAGACCAAGUUUACAAGGAUGGCCGAGUUUGCCCCAGUUGGUAUGCUCAUCGCCAACUCUGAAGGGCAUAUCACCUACUGCAAUGACAUGUGGUAUGAAAUUUCUCGCCACCCUCGAACAGAGUUUGGUGCCGAUACCUGGAUCGAUUCUGUUGUUCCAGAUGACAAAGAAUUAGCUAGGGAUUUGUGGAGGCGCCUUGUGAUCGAUAAAAUUCCAUCCUCUGCCGAAUUUCGCUUUCAGACGCCUUGGCAAGACAAGGAUGGCAAUGUGGCGGCAACUUGGGUCUUGUUCAGUGCAUAUCCGGAGAAGUAUGAGGAUGGCAGCUUAAAGAGCAUUUUCGGGUGCAUAACCAACAUUAGCCAACAGAAGUGGGCGGAGGACUUUCAGAAAAAGAGAAGAGAGGAAGCCUUGGAACUCAAGCGACAGCAGGAAAAUUUCAUCGAUAUCACAAGUCAUGAGAUGCGCAAUCCUUUGAGUGCAAUUCUUCAGUGCGCCGACGAGGUUGUGUCUUCCCUGGACGAAUAUCGAGCGAAUGCCAGUCAGGAAACAGAAGAACAUGCAGAGCUGAUCGAGGGCAGCAUCGACGCUGCGCAGACUAUCAUGCUCUGCGCGCAACAUCAAAAACGAAUUGUCGAUGAUGUUUUGACACUCUCUAAACUUGAUUCUGCCCUUCUCGUGGUCACACCUGUGGAUGUCCAACCGAUUGCGGUCAUGGAGAGGGCUCUCAAAAUGUUCGAAGGAGAGUUGCAAACCGCCGAUAUAGAGCUGUCUUUCCGCAUUGACGAUUCUUACCAUGCAUUAGGCGUGGACUGGGUCCGACUUGAUCCGUCGCGCCUUUUGCAGGUCCUGAUCAACCUCACAACGAAUGCAAUAAAAUUCACGACCAAUCAAAGCAAACGUGUCAUCACUGUCGUUCUCGGAGCGUCAAAAGAGCGACCGUCAAACAAGGUUAGAGACGAUGUCUCUUAUUUCCCUUCUCGGGCGAAGCGAGUACAAGUCUGUGAAGGACCUGACUGGGGUGAUGGCGAAAAAGUGUUUAUUCAUUUUGCAGUCAACGAUACAGGACGUGGGCUUAGCGAAAACGAAAAGAAGCUGCUCUUUCUCCGAUUUUCUCAGGCCAGUCCAAGGACUCAUGUGCAAUAUGGCGGCUCGGGUCUAGGUCUCUUCAUCUCUCGUGAACUUACGGAGCUCCAAGGCGGCGAGAUUGGCGUCUCGUCAGAAUGCGGCAAAGGUAGCACGUUUGCAUUCUACAUUAUGGCCAGUCGAACGGGUCCGCCGGAGAACCCAGUGGAUCUCCUCCCCGCCCUGCCCAAGAAACUCUCAGGAGGUAAACUCAAGUCAUCUCCGCGCUUGAAACCAGCCAAAUCGAUGGGCCCAGCUGUGCCGAUCAGCCCAGUCAAGUCGGACAAGCCAGCGGGCAGAGAGGAACUCAAGGUUUUGAUUGUGGAGGACAAUUUGGUCAAUCAACGAGUCCUUCAGAAACAGCUUCGCAACAUUGGAUGCGUCGUGCACGUGGCAAAUCAUGGCGGAGAGGCCCUUGAGCGGCUGAAGCAGUCGAAAUAUUGGCGAGGACGCGAGAGCGAUGGUACGGAUUUGACCGUAAUCCUUAUGGACCUGGAAAUGCCUGUCAUGGAUGGUCUUACUUGCGCCAAGAGGAUCCGUGAGCUUCAAUCAAACGGCUCUAUUACCAAACAUGUCCCCAUCAUUGCCGUGACUGCCAAUACUCGUCUCGAGCAGAUUGACACGGCCCUUGCUGCCGGUAUGGACGCAGUCGUAUCUAAACCAUUUCGCAUUCCUGAACUUAUUCCCAAGAUCGAGGAGCUCUCGGCCAAAUUCAAGCCAACUGCUCAGACUUCUUCGACGGCUUUUACUACUAUACCAGAGGCCUCAAUGUAA